GUUGUGAAGAUGGCGGAGGGGGAGACAGAGAGGGAAUAUGACACACGGAAAGCUAUCGAAGAGCUCCGAGAGCGGUUCCAGGGUUUGACCACAGUUCUGAAAGAGAGUUCACAAUCUCCGUUGGAAGCCUCCCUGCAUUUCUGCCAGGAGUUUUGCCAGGUCCUUGUGGAACAUGCUGGUCGUUGGAAAACCGAUGAGGAUCCGCUGCCUUUGCUCGAGGUCUACACUGUGGCCAUCCUCAGCUUCGCAAAGGCUGCCUCCUGUCUCUCCUCCGAAUGUGAAAACGUGCCACUCCUACUUGAAAAGUUAGCACUGAGCUGUGCGGAGCUGCUGCUCUUACUGCCCCAGCAUGUCCCUGGUGCCUUAUGGGAGGAGUUUCAGUCCUCCAUGAAGUUGGCACACAGCCUUUUGCAAGAAAGUGGGAGCACGCAGCUUUGUCUGCUCUCAGUUCUGGCACAGCAGGAUGGCGUCUGGUCCAACACCACACUAAGCAGCAUCUUAUCCAAUGAAAACCCUCAAACUGAGCAAGUUCAUGAAUAUCUUGAGUUGGAGGGUCCCACACUCCUCACCAUGCGAAUAAAGCACCUUAUCAAAGUGGACAGCUCUGACAAAGCUGCUGUCCUUGCAAAGAUGUGCUCAGAGUAUCCGGGAUACGAAGGAAAAGGGAACUUCAAACAAACCUACUUGCUUUGCAUCUGCAUGACAAAAAGUCAGGAGCAGCUUAUGGAAGAGAUUGCGUCAAUAGACUGUAAAGAUGCUCUUGAGAUGAUCUGCAACUUAGAGUCAGAGGGAGAUGAGAAAGGAGCACUCUGCUUAUGUUCAGCUUUUCUCAAGCGACAACUUCUCCAAGGAGAUGUUUAUUGUGCCUGGGAACUCACACUGUUCUGGAGUAAGCUAUUAAUGCGUUUGGAGUCGUCUGCUGAUGCAUUUCUUGGCCACAGCAAAGACAUGGCUCUUCUCAGCAGAAGUGUCUGUCACAUUCUAUUUCUCAUCAAAGUAAUCCAAAAUGAGGUUGGAGAAGUGGGACUUCCAGUGUGUGUGGAAAUGUGCAUUCAGGCUCUGAAAAUGACCUCUAGUGACCAUAAGGAAAGCAAGUCUACUAUUUGCAAGACCAUUUCCUGCCUCUUGCCAACGGAUCUUGAAGUUAAACGUGCAUGCCAGUUGACUGAGUUUCUCCUCCAGCCUACAGUUGACUCAUAUUAUGCUGUGGAGUCUCUAUACAAUGAACCCGACCAGAAACCUGAGGAGGACGGAAGUCUACCAGUGCCCAAUUCUUUACGCUGUGAGUUACUGCUGGCCUUGAAGACACAGUGGCCUUUUGAUCCAGAAUUCUGGGACUGGAAAACACUGAAACGCAACUGCUUGGCACUGAUGGGUGACGAGGCAGCUAUUGUGUCAUCUAUUGACACACUAAACGAUACAGAUGAACAAGAUGUGGAAAGUGCACUUGGCAAACUCCCUGAAUACAAAGACUUGGAGGAUUUUCUGUUAACCACUACAAACGAACUCAAUGAAAUCACAGAUGAAAGAGAAAAAAACAGAGAAGCUAAAAAACUUCGGGAGCAAGGUUUUGUUUCUGCACGCUUCAGAAACUGGAGAGCCUACAUGCAGUAUUGUGUUUUGUGUGACAAGGAGUUCUUGGGGCACAGAAUUGUUCGCCACGCUCAGAAGCAUUUCAAAGAUGGAGUGUAUCUAUGUCCAAUUUGUGCAGACAGUUUUGAAAGUAGGGAGGUUUUAGAGCCACAUGUAGCAUCACACGUAAAGCAGUCUUGCAAAGAGAGGCUAGCUGCAAUGAAGGCUGCAAGGAAGGUAACCAAACCACCUCAGUCGCCUAAAAGCCCAUCAAAAAAUACAAAAGUCGCUGCCAAGAUGUGCAUGAGCCCAGUCAAAAUUGAAUCUAAAAUUGGCAACCAAUCUGUAGAACCCACUGUUAAUUUAGAACAAACUACAUCUGACACACAGAUGAGUCAAGACUGUUUCUGCCCUGUUAAAAACUGUUCCAAAGCAUUCAAAUUUUUCCGUAACCUCAUGGCUCAUGUAAGAUCUCACAAAGAUGACGAAGAGGCCAUGCGGUUUUUAGAGAUACAAAAACAGAAAGUGGUGUGCCAGUACUGCAGGCGGCAAUUUGUUAAUGUCCAACAUCUUAAUGAUCAUUUGCAGAUGCACUGUGGUACUAAACCGUACAUCUGCAUACAGCUGGAUUGCAGGGCCAACUUUAAUUCAAAUUCUGAAUUGCUCAUGCACAGAAAACUGCAUCCAGAAUUUAAGGCACAGUGCAUGUUCCCUAACUGUGGCAAAAUUUUCAGUGAAGCUUACCUGUUGUACGAUCAUGAAGCUCAGCAUUACCUUACCUACACUUGCCAAACAGAUAACUGUGGCAAGGUAUUCUACUCACAGUCUCAAUUCUUGUCUCAUCAACAGAAUCAUUGUACAAACAAUACAGUGAACAACUUGCCUCACACGAAUCAAAUUCCUCCUAUCACUCCAGAUGUUCAACCAUCAGUUGGCAGUGCCCCAAGCAAUGAAGAAUCACUUUCUGCAGUAACUUGCCUUGAACGAAUUAACACAGACACAAAGGAGGCAUCAAAAGCAAACACCUCACCUUGCACAUCACCCGAGGUUGCUAUAGAACCCAUUCCUGUGAGAGUAAAGCACUCGAUUGAAAGUAUGCUGAAUCCUGCAGCAGAUACUGAAAUCAAAGAACCAGAGAAAUGUUACACUCCACUGACAAACCCCAUUCCAGCACCAGUUGAGCUGAAACCAGCACCAGAAGCUCAGCAAACUGACUAUAAUAUAACAGAGGGAGGAGAGAUUCCCCCCGUCUAUUCUGUUCCAAGUGCAACAAAUCCUGUGGCAAAUCAACAGGGAGAUAUGCAUAACAAUGUACAAGGUACUGAAUUUCAGAAAGCGUUUCCACAACUAAUUUCCCCUAUUCAAAUCAAGACAGAAGUUCCUUCUUCGCUGCAAGGAUAUCCUCCCAGCACGCCUGCUGUAACUGGCAAUGAAGAGAACUUGCAUUGCUGCCCAUAUAGCGACUGCACAAGGGCUUACAGUACAAAUAAAAGCCUGUCUAGGCAUGUGAAGAAACAACAUCCUGAAAUAUUUGAAGACUGGAAAUUAGCAAAGAAAUAUAACAAAGUAACCAAGAUUACAGCAAAAAAGACACCGGGUGGAUCAGCUCCACCUAGUCAUCCACAGAAUAUAGGAAACAGGCAACCAAAUCAGCCAGGACUACUAUGCAACAAACCUGGAAUGCAGCAAAUGGAUUACCCAAUGGGAUGUUCAUCCUCACCUGCCCAGUGUUAUCCUGGCUCAAUGGAACCUGUGCCUAUCACUCCAAUGGUUAACCCAACACUGUACCCGUCGUGGGGAAGCCCAAACAAUUCUGGUGGAUUAAUGCAGCCAGACAUGUCCCAGUCAUGGUCUUCACCUCCCAUGAAUAACUAUCCAGAUGCCUUCAACAUGAAUGAAUAUCCCCCCCGCAACUAUCCUCCCUGGCAGGCAGACCCCUAUCAAACCACAGCCCCCCUCCCAACUGAAAGAGAUCAUUCAAUGGCAGUAGUACAAGGCCCAGGUAUGUCUCACGCUCCUUCAGAUUCAAGUUUAAUGUCACAGUAUGUAUCAAGUUCCCUUAUGCUUGACAAUGGAGGGCAGAUGCACAAUGGAGGGCAUCAGUAUGGACUUAUGCAUCCUGAGGGCGGCAGAGACGGUGAGGAUGUGAGAAAAGGCAGUGAAAGUAUGACAGGGCAGCUAGAUAAUGGAAACAGUAUUUCAACAAUUGACAGCCUACCUGAAGGAAGCUACCACACUCCAUAUGCUCAGAGUGAGAACUCUUGUCUUACCCAGAGCUCUUCAGUUGAUAUUCCUAUGAAAUGUCUGAGCCCAGAAGCUCAAGUUGCAUUAAAGGCCACAACUGAAAUAAUUAAAACAGAGAAUAUGGCAACUUACGAACAGAUGGAUAACUCCAUGGAUGGCAUCAUGAGUCCGCACAGUAUUAUUCACACAGAUUACCCUUAUGAAGAGGAUUGCCCAAAUGUUGAAUGCGAGGCCUCAGAUGACAAGAACAGUGACCCCGACUCACUGAAAGGAAAACGCAGCAGGUUGAGCAAGCGAACCAAAUGGCCAGCAAUCAUUAAAGAUGGAAAGGUCAUCUGUAGGAGAUGCUUCAGAGAGUUCACAAGCACCAAGUCUCUCGGAGGUCACCUGUCAAAACGCUCACAGUGCCGGCCAUUAGAUGAAAUUGACCUGACCGCAGAUCUGCCAACAUCUUUUCUUGAUUUUCUUAAUGAUCCUCAUGUCCCUGACACAAAUGGAGCAAUAUACAAUAUGUCAAAUGGUGAUUUCUCACAAGAAUCAUGUAGCUUAACCACUUUGACUGCCCCUAUGACGCUGAAACAGGAACCUCAAAAUACAUACAUAAUGGACUAUUCAAACUCCUCUGUUUCUCCUGAAAACCAGCAAGAGAAAGCAGUACAGCUGGGUAAUCCAGCCCUCCCUGUACCUUAUCAACAAGAGGAUCACUUGAUGGAAAUUUCACAUGCCUUUCAGAGGUUGGAUUUGAUUGAGGCUCAACAAGAAAAGAUGCAGAGUAAUCUGUGCUUAGGACAAAUGGUUAAUCAGUGUAAUACAACUUCUGGCAUUGAUAAAAGCAAGUUACUGAUUAAAAGCGAUGACAGGCCCAUUGAAAAGGUGCCUAAACCUUUUAAAUGUGACCAGGAAGAUUGCGAGUAUUCAUUUAUGACAAAGGAAGCCUUAUUCAAGCACUUGACUAAAAUGCACGAUUUUUCAAAUGAAAUGAUUGAAGAACUAAAACGAACACCAUCCAAACUUUCUCCAUAUCCUUGCCAGAUUUGCCCCAAGACUUUUACCAGAACAACAGGUUUAAGAAUUCACUAUGAAAAAGUCCAUAGAUUAUCAAAAGCAGAGAUGCAAAAAUUAAAAAUUAGUGCCCGAAAUAGGUGCGCAUUCAGACUUAACAAAGAUCAAGUAAUCACAAGCCGUGUUACCAAGGAUCCCAAUGCUAGUCACAUGACACAGUCAGCAACUACUAUAAAACAAGAACCAGUUGACAUUGCCAUUGCACCUCAAACAGGCAAUGAAAGCAUCUCAGAGGUUGCUGAAAUGACAACACCUAUGGAAGUAAUAGGACAAAGCUUCACACAUGAGGUAUCAACUGUUACUCGGCUGCCAUCACCACCAAACUAUUUGACUGACGGUCCUGUUGGUGAAGUGGCACCGUCAAUUCCUGAAAAUCCUCUAGAGCAGCCUAAAGCAGCUGAUAUGAACAAGAGUCCAAAUGUGAAAUCCAGCUUGAAAGAAAAACUCAGCCCAGGCGCAAAGGACAAGCGAGGAAAAUCAGAUGCAUCAGCGAGCAAAAUAAAAGAGCCAAAGUCCAGCCCUCCAUCUGCAUCCAUAUCCAUGUCGCCGGAGAAACCAAGCAGCUCCAAAAACACACCAACAAAGGAUGCCCAGAAGAAAGAAAAAAUUCAGAAAAGGUUGGGGCUCAAAAUGUGCGACGCGGACAAUGCCUACAGUCCAUAUAGACCAUAUCGCUGUGUUCAUGAAGGAUGCUCUGCUGCAUUUACCAUUCAGCAAAAUCUGAUUCUGCAUUACAGGGCUAUGCAUCAGGCAACCCUGCCACCCAGCAAACCAGAAAUUGAGGUUGAAAAGCCUAGUGUUACAAAUGGACAGGAGAGUAUGAGCAAAGACAAUGAAGUAAGGUGUCAAGUGAAAAACUGUUCAAGAGUUUUCAUGGGAAUCACAAGGUUAGUACAGCAUUACCUCUUACUCCACAAGUUUACGCGCGACAAAGCCACGGCAAUGAUGGCCAGCAUGAGUAUAGGGACUUUCAACUGUGACCGGCCAGAGUGUGGCCUCCCCUUCAAUUCUGUAGAAAAUUACAUUGAGCACAUUAAGAAUUACCACAAAGAAAUUGCCAUCUCUGAAAGUGGUUCAGUUGACCCCACUUUCAAGUGUGAGUAUGAGGGAUGUGACCGUGUUUACACUACAAAAUCAAACCUCCUCCGUCACCUGAUAAAAAAGCAUGAAUAUGUUUAUGAUCCUAAAGCUAGUGAUGGAAGAAGGACUAAAUCAGUGGGACUCUUCCCAGGUGUUAACAAUGGGAAAGAGAAUGUUGAAAACAAGUUUAAAAUGAAGAAGAAAAACACUAAAAAGAAAGACGGGAAGUCCAUUGAACAUUGGACUAGUUUUGGAAAGCCAACACUAAAAUCCCACGAGGAGGCAUCAGCCAUGUGCACCAAGAAGUCUGCCUUGCAGUAUCCAUGCAUGAUAAUAGGAUGUGAUGCAGUGGAGCGGGCAGAAAGAAGCAUAUUUAAGCAUUACACCACUCAUGGCCUCACAGAAAGAUACAUUGAAGACCAGAGGAGCCAGUUCAUUUUUUGCAAAAAGUACUCACGCGCAAGAUUCAAAGAAGCAAACAAAUCAGAGGGUGUGCCAAGUUCUUCAUCAGAGGAGACGGAACCGGAACUGGAACCAGAACCAGAACUAGAACCAGAAGAUGUCGAGAAAUCCAGUGACCAGAAACCGGAGGAACCGGUGGAGAGAAUAGGCCAAGAGGACACCAAGCAGUCCAAUGAAGAGAAUGCAGAAUCUCAAGCUUCCACCUGUCCUGGAACAGAAACAGGACCUAAAAGAGGCCGUCCUAGAAAACCUGCACACCCCACACCAGCUUGUCCAGAGCGGAUGCAGACUCUUAGGAAUCGUUCUACGGUCAACAACUCAAGAGAGAACUCAAAUCCUGGGACUCCUACAGCCCAAGAACAACGUGAGGAAACAGUUGUACCAGGGUCUUUCAAGCCAUUAGGACUUGAAGACUCUUUCCUUAAGUUCUUGGAAACGUCAGAGUCAACCCACACUUCCAAACGCAAAUUAAAUGACAGAUCUAGUUCUGAACUGCCGUCCAAAAGACAACCAUCUCUCAGACAGAAAUCUACGAGAUCUAAAUUAAUUUCUGAAUCUAGAGGCUAUGAAAGUCUAGUUGACUUCAGAAACCCCCUUAAUCUCAAAUCAGUGAGUAAUGUCAAGAUUGUUAUGGAUAAAAGAUUUUCAGACGGUGCUGAUCUUUUGCUAAAGCAGCUACAAGAUAUGAAGCCCAUGAUCCUAAUAAAACGGUGGCUCUAUAGCGGAUCAUAGCCCGAGUCUUUUUCAAUUUAAUCUCACUCAGGAUUUGAGAAGUAUGCUGCAGAAUGGUUCAUUUGUUAAUGCAUCAAAUUUCCAACUGUUAACACUCACGGUCACAGUUAACAAUGAAAUGGCCUAUUUUGUACUUUAAAAAAAUGUCUUGGAUGAUUUUAAGUAUGUAUGUUAGUUAUAAUAACCAGGUAAUCUAUAGGGCAUAGAUUUUAGACCACGUUUGUAUUUAUGCUUAGUACUGAAGAUGUUUUUUUUUUCUUUUGCUAAAUGGAGACUUUUAAAAGAAAACUAUGUUUUUAUAUAUCCCUAUGGGAUUUCAAGUUCUGUUUGUAUUUAUUUCAUCCUUUUUCAACACUAGUAGACCUAUCUGUAAUAUUUACAUGUCUUCCACAAAGUGUUCAAUAAAAUGUUACUGGUUC